AUGCAGUCCGAUUAUUGCUCACGUCGCUCAUUACAGGUUGUAAAUCUGGCUUGCGCCCUUCAUCUCUUCGCCGAAUAUGUUGGACGACCUUCGCUUAUGGCAGGACCAUCCAUGUUGCCGACUCUGGCUGACAGCGGCGAAAUUGUCGUUGAAGACCGCCUCACCUAUCGCCUCAACCCAGGCAGUGUUGCUCGCGGUGAUCUCAUCACCUUGAGAUCGCCAAUCGACCCUAGUCGAAUCAUCUGCAAAAGGGUCCUUGGACUUCCCGGAGACAUCAUUUGUGUUGACCCAACAGGCGAAAAAGCGCCUUCCACCGAGCAUGUCGUUAUACCGAAGGGGCAUAUAUGGAUCAGCGGAGAUAACGCUGCAUUCUCAAGGGACUCGCGCGACUAUGGCCCCGUAUCUAUGGCUCUGAUACAAGCAAAAUUAUUGGCUAGGGUAAGAAAAUUGUUCCUUCUAUCAUAUCCGUAA